UUCCAUUGACGUAGCUCCGGAUUUUUGAAGUUUCUUCGAAGAACGAGCUACAGGGAAUCGCGUAUACAAUAUCGAUUCGUUAUAUAAUAUCGUCGCCUUAAGUACUUAUUGUUUUCUCUUCUCCUCUGUUUUUUAUGUUUUCUUUUGCCCUCUAUAUCGACGUACGCUUAUCAUUCGUUCGGAUUUUCGAUCUUUCGUUUACUUCGAAAAAGGUAAAUACACGAAAUAAAUUAAUUUAUUAUAAAGUGGAAAGUAAGGACUAAAACGUCGGGUUCCUGCGUGUCGUUCUCUCCGACCGAGACUAGCGAAUUUGUGAUUGGUUAAAUCGUCGAAUGCGAGGGCAGUGAAACACUGGGAUAAGGAAAGAAGAAAUAAAAAAAGGAAAUAAUAUACGAACAGGUGCACUGCGUGCCAAAUUUGAGGAAAGUGGAAUCGCGAUGUCUGUAAAUUCUUUCGACAGGACAUCGUACACGCUUCCGUGGUUGUGUUGUACAUAGUGUCGCCGAUCGAUUCCUGGAUCAAUGUACGACUGCGUGUAUAUUUCGUGAAAGUAUCCUUGUUCGUUUUACAAUGUAUCUGCCUCUGUAAAGAUAUGAUUUAUUAUAAUAUCUGUUGUGAUUACCAAACUGUCUUCUUUCAUCGUCUAUUUCUAUCCCUUCUAUCUUUAUCUCUUUUCGAAACAGAAAACAGAAGAAAUUGUUAUUCAAGCACGUACGAAUCUCUCGUUCUUCUUUUGACCAAAAUCCCAUCUACGAAACCAUGUUCAGUUUGAACUACAUAACCUACAAAAUUUUAAUACAACUUUUAUCUCUCCACUUUCUCUAUUCGCUGCCUCGAAUUUAUCGAUUUAUUUAAUAUACUCUUUCGACGUCCAAGUGCAAUAUAAAACUAAAACUCGUUGUUUCGGCAUAGCAAUAAUAAUAGCGGCGAAUCGAUAACAGAGAAAAAUGUCAACGACGUUGGAAGACGCGCUAUGCAGGUAUCCACCCAGCUACCCAUCGCGCUGUGAGUCUAGAAAAACCUGUUUCUCAACGUGUCCACCGUGUCCAAAUAUUCAGCCACCGACGAAUGGCACGUCUUCGGUUCAUUUUCAAGUUACCUACACUCGCAACGGCCUCAAGUAUUCGCCUUGCUAUUAUCCGCGAUCGAUAUGCUGUCCACCACCAGAGAUAGCACCACCGAAAGUAGCCCCUUGUUACGCGAGAUUGUUCGAUUCUCGUGGAAGACCAAUUUGUUUAUACUUUUAAUAAAUUAUUCUUUCGAUAUACGUAGAGAGCGAUUUUCUAUAUCUGUCUAUAUUUUGGUCAUUCCUCUUAACUAUAUUGUUACGUUAUUGUUACUAGACGGGAACCAGAUAUCCGCUCAUCCUUACUGCGUACCCUCAAUCCUCUUAAGGAUCCAUCGUAAAUCUCAGUAAUUUGCUAGCUAAGACCGAACCUUAUAAGACCUUCAAACCGUACAAAUCUUUGUUUCUAAAUCAUUUUUUAAAGAUUAUCGUCUAUUACGGCUUGACACGGGAAAGUUAAUAUCUCAGUAAUUUGCUAGCUAAGGUCCUUCAGACCGAACAAAUAUCUUUGUUCCUAAAUCUUUUUCUAAAGACUAUCGUCUGUUACGGCUUGACACGGGAAAGUUAAUUUUUCUCACGUACGAUGCUUCCCAUUAGCAACUUUCUAUCGAGGGCGGCUAAGACCCUUCCUAGUCCAUCAACCUUCGUUUAUCCAAUCGGAAGCAACGUAUACUGCUCUCACUUUCCUGACCAAAAUGUCAUGAACAAAUCCGAUAAUCCCGUGCGCUGGACACACCCGUUAUUAGCUUUCCUCCGACACAGCAUCGUCACUGUACCUUGCUUAUUCUUCAACGUUAGAAUAGUCGACAAGUCAUUAAGGGGUUACUCCCCUUAAAUCAAUCAUUUACUUAACGUAUACAUACUCAACAGUGUACCUCAUAAAUGUUAGAAAUAUAACCUUACAACCCUGUUAAUCGCAGCGUUAUAGUAUCUUAACCAUCCCUGUUAUCUUAACGGAAAUCAGGGGAUCGAUCGACUCGUGGUGUCGAUUAUUAUAAUCGUAACGGGAAUUUACGACUCCCGUUGACGUGUUUCCUCGCGAUUGCGUCUCCCCGCGAAAAUACAUACAGGGUGGUUGGUAACUGGUGGUACAAGCGGAAAGGGGGUGAUUCUACGCGAAAAAAGAGGUCGAAAAUAUAGAAUAAAAAUUUUUUUUUUCAUUUUUCCAUCUACAGACAACGAUCUACAGUGAGAUCCGUUAUAACGAGACGCGAUAAAGUGGACGCGUACCGAGCGAAAAUUCAAAGUCGAUUUUCUCGAAAACAAAGCCUUGAACGAAAAAUUUGUAUUCUAUAUUUUCGACUUCUUUUUUCGCGUAGAAUCACCCCCUUUCCGCUUGUACCACCAGUUACCAACCACCCUGUAUAUCUUUUCACGAAACUUCGAAAACAAUAAAGAACAAUUUGCUGUUACUUCGUGUCAGAUAAUUGGAGCGUAUUCUACCUAUCAAGCCCGCUAUAUCCGACAGAAAAUUAACAGAACUCUUUCGUAAUUCUUAUAGUUUUUGUAGCGAACGCGACUUUAAACGUCGAGAAGAAAGGAGAGAUUUCGUAGUUAGCCAUGUUACUUUCAAGUAAAAAAUCAAACAAUCGAGCAUACGUGUGAACAUAUUCGUUUAGUUAUGUCAAAGAGGAAAAACAGAAGAAACGUAAUCGAUUCGAAGCAAAUAUACACAGAUCUGCGUAAAUUCUCCUUGUAUCGAACAAAUCCGAUGAAAAUUUGUUAGGCAAUGCCGUCGAUAAAUCUCUAAGUCACGCGAAGCUGUUAUUUCCUUUUUCGACAAUUUAUAUCUAAAGAUGCUGUAGGAAACAAUCUCGAUUUUCGUAGAAAUAAAUUCUCCGGAUAAACAUGUCUUGUCGCGAAGAAAAAAGGCGCACCAGCACUCUGCCUCCACCGUGUUAUCAUUGCAAGCCUCCGCCGUUCUGUUGUCCGAAAUACGGCUGUCCACCUCCUCAGCAAUACCCACCGCUAAAAUGUCGUUGUCCUCGUCCGUGUCCACCUUUCGUAUGUAGACAACGUCCAGAACCACCACAGAAACCACCCGCGCUGUACGUGGUUGACUGCUUGCCACCUCCUUGCCCAGAGCUACCUCAAUGUCCAGCACCAAAAAUAGAACCACCACCAUCCUGCGUACGAUACUGUAUUCGUUGCACGUGCGAUGGCUCGACUUACUCUCCGCUUUAUUUCUCCGACCUACCAAAGUGUGAAAUUUCUUCCUGUGCAAAAUGCUGCUGACUG